AUGGAGGAACUGGUGGCCCUGGUGAUCGGGGCCAGUGCUGGGGGGCUACUGCUACUGCUGCUGAUCGGGGUGAGCUGCUGUCUCUGGAAGAGGUUUCGUGCCACUUUCAUCUAUGAGGAGCUGCCAGGGACCACGGCUGCCUCCAGCAUGCAGGGGGACAAUCUCUGCCCGCCAAGUACCAGCACCCACACAAGCAGACAACCAGCUGUGCCUUUUGUGGUACCCGCUUCCCUCCAAGGCCGAGACUGUGUGCCCCUGCAUAGUAGAGAGUGGGCCCAGGCCCCCCAGUACUCCUGCACAGCCCCAGAGCUCCUGGGCCACACCUCCAGCGGCAGUAGCAGCAACCGUGGAGAUGGCUGCAUGGUGGGGACCAUCAGCCCUGCGCUGUACAAGUUCCCGGAGGACCAGAGUGAAAGCGGCUUCCCGGAGGGCUGCCUGGGACGGCUGUGGUUCUCCGUGGAAUACCAGCAGGAGGCCGAGCGCCUGCUGGUGGGCCUGAUCAAGGCACGGGGGCUGCAGGCCCCCAAGGAGACCUGCAGUGCCCUGGUGAAGCUCCACCUGCUACCCGACGAGCGGCGCUUCCUCCAGUCUAAGACAAAAUGCCAAACUGCUGACCCACGGUUCGAUGAGCACUUCGUCUUCCAGGUGUCCAGCAAGAGCAUCACACAGAGGGUACUGAGGUUCUCAGUGUUCCACGUGGACAGACAGGGGAAGCACCAACUCCUGGGUCACGUGCUGUUCCCCCUGAAGAAUGAGACCCUGGUAGGCAACUGCCCGCACAUCGUCUGGAGAGAUCUGGAGGCUGAGAGCCUGGAGCCGCCCUCAGAGUUUGGCGACCUGCAGUUCUGCCUCAGCUACAGCAACUGCCUGAGCCGCCUCACCGUGGUCGUGCUGCGUGCCAAGGGCCUCCAGCUGCGGGAGGACAUGGGUUUUGCCAGUGUGUUUGUAAAAGUGUCUCUGAUGAACCAAAACAAGUUUGUCAAGUGCAAGAAGACUUCAGCUGUGCUGGGCUCCGCCAACCCUGUGUACAGCGAGACCUUCAGCUUCAAGGUGUACCCUGCCGAGCUGGACACGGCCAGCCUCAGCCUGAUGGUGCUGCAGGGCACAGAAGGGGACAAGAGCCACCAGCUGGGCCGGGUAGUGGUGGGCCCCUACAUGUAUGCCCGUGGCAGACAGCUGGAGCACUGGAACGAGAUGCUCAGCAAGCCCCAGAAGCUGGUGAAGCGCUGGCAUGUACUUUGCUGCACCACUGUGCCCUGA